GUGUGUCUGAUCCUCUCUGCUCGCAGUCGGACGCUGGCUGUGGCUGAUCUGUGUGUGAUCACAGUUCUUUAAUGGGAUUGUCAAUCAGCUAUCGGAUCAAUAACAGCUAUGGGAGCAGUGAUGAAGCUUCUCUGCAGCGGCUCCAUGGUCUUCCUCCUGCUUCUCCUCUGUCUUCCAGUUUGCUUGGCGGCUCAUGGUCGCUUCGCUCAGAAGCUGCUGAAUGACUUGUUCUCCAACUACACCAAUGCUUUGCGUCCGGUGGAGGACACUGACCACAUCAUCAACGUCACACUGCAGAUCACUCUGUCCCAGAUCAUCGACAUGGAUGAGCGGAACCAGAUCCUGACGACCUACCUGUGGGUCCGCCAGGUGUGGAUGGAUGCCUACCUCACCUGGAAGAAGGAGGACUAUGACGGCCUCGACACCAUCCGCAUACCCAGCAGCUACGUAUGGAGACCUGACAUUGUCCUGUAUAACAGUGCAGACGACGAGUUCUCCAGCUCCAUGGAGACCAAUGUAGUUCUCCGUAACGACGGCCAGGUCAUGUGGGACCAGCCUGCCAUCACCAAAAGCUCCUGCUCCGUGGACGUGGCCUUCUUCCCCUUUGAUUUGCAGCAGUGUCACCUGACCUUCGGAUCCUGGACUCACAACGGCAACCAGAUGGAUUUGUUCAACGCCUUGGACAGCGCUGACUUGGCCGACUUUGUCCCCAACGUGGAGUGGGAGGUUCUGGGCAUGCCAGCCAAGAAGAAUGUCAUCCUGUAUGGUUGCUGUUCAGAUCCGUACCCAGACAUCACCUUUAGCCUCCACCUGAAGAGACGUGCCUCCUUCUACAUCUUCAACCUCCUCAUCCCCUGCAUGAUGAUCUCAUUUCUGGCUCCGCUGGGCUUCUACCUGCCGGCUGACUCUGGUGAAAAGGUUUCUCUGGGUGUCACGGUGCUGCUGGCCCUCACCGUGUUUCAGCUGCUGGUGGCGGAGAGCAUGCCGCCCUCUGAGAGCGUCCCGUUGAUUGGAAAGUACUACAUCGCUACCAUGACGAUGGUCACAGCAUCAACAGCGCUCACUAUCUUCAUCAUGAACAUCCACCACUGCGGUCCCGAGGCCCGUCCCGUCCCACAAUGGGCCGAGCGCUUCAUCCUCAACUACCUCGCCCGCAUCUGUUUCGUCUACGAGGUUGGCGAGAACUGCCUCGGCGGGACUUCGUCCAGGAAACAGCCUCUGUCGCAGGACGUGUCUGAAGCCCCGUCAGCCAAUGGCAGCAACACCAAAGGAACAAACUGGGACGUGAACGGGCAGGUGUGGGGAGGGAGGGCGGAGGAGGAUGGAGCUGGAGUGGGGGACUCUCUGAAGCUGGGGCGGGAUUUGACCAGCCAGACGGACUGGAAAGAGGAUCUGUUCGUGACCAUCGACCAUUCAGAGGAAGAAGGAGCUGCUGGAGGACGUGAGGGGGAGCGGGGAGAUUCGACCAGUGGAGGAGGAGGAGGAGGAGGAGGAGAGCAUGUUGAGGAGAAGAAAGGUGUGGGAGGUGAAGGGGGAGGCGGAGCCGGGGUGAACAGGAGGGAGAUCGUGGUGAAAACCUUGUGUGUGUGCCAGCAUCAGGGACUGCGCAGGAACGUUGAGUACAUUGCCAACUCGUACCAGGACCAGCGAGCCGCGCAGCUGCGCAUUGGGGAGUGGAGGAAGGUCGCCAAGGUCAUGGAUCGCUUCUUCAUGUGGCUCUUCUUCAUCAUGGUCUUCUUCAUGAGUAUCCUCAUCCUGGGAAAAGCCAUCUGAUGGAGCUCGAGCUUCGAUGACGACGGCGAGUUGGUACACCGAUAAAAUCAAUUGUUCCAUUAAAUCUAAAAUCAGUCAUCAAUGAUGGUUUGAUUCAUAAAGUGACAAAUUUCAGCCGGUUUAAAGGUUCAUUUUUGUGUACAGCAUGUCAGCCUGCUAAAUUUAUAAUCCAUCUGGGAUCUUUGCAAAUAUUGAUUUCCAUCAGGAAAUGUAGACUGAAGGAGACUCGCUCGAACGCGACAGAUCAUUUCAAGAGCUAUGACAGCGUCUAAUUAACAGUUUAAUUAAAUAAUAUGAUCUUCAGCUCAAUAAGAACACACACACGGAUUAUUGUGAGUCAACCCAGAUCUGACGCACAUCAGCUCUCUCGAUAAACAGUUAUUUUGUCAUCUUUGCCCCCAAAAUCAGCACAUCCAGGCUCCUGUACUGUGACCUCGUCACAUGUCCACGUUUGGUCAUGGACUUUCCACGUCCACAUAUGACG